AUGAAUCAUAUUAUGGAAUUGGAUAAAAAUGUGGUAAUAAUUCUAGGCAGAAAAACACUAGAAGUAGCCAAGUACACGAAAUACGACAAAAUUGUGCUCAGCAGAAACACACAUGAUAAAAGUGAUAAAACAACAUACGUGAAGUCAUUUGAUGAGGCAUUGAAAGCAGCUGGUAACAGAACAGUGAUUGUGGCAGGUGGCCAGGAAAUCUACAGUGAAGCAUUGAAACGAGAUUAUAAGCUGUUUAUUACGGUUAUUGAAGAGGAUGAAAUGGUUGGAGACAGAAUAUUUCCAGUGGAAGAUGAAGCAUUGUUGAAUAAAGUAAACGUGACGGAUGAGUUCGUGGUUGAAUGCAAUGCAAAGAAAGAGAAGUAUUCAAUGAAAGACGGGUUUGUGGUAGAAAAUGGACACAAAUUCAGGUUCUAUACUGUAGAAAAGUAA